AUGAAAUCCAACAAAAUCUCUACUAGGAAGUACCCUCCAGGGGUGACUUAUGAGUAUGAAAAUGAAGAAGGCAAGGAAGAAAGCAAGGUUAUUGACUUUUUGAACUUGACGGAAGAGACUGAGGUGGAAGAGAUGGUGAACAGGGUUAUGGAGACGGAAGAGGGGGUAAUAAAGGAGGACGAAUUGAGAAAUGCUAUAAGUGAGUUGGUUCAGAUGAAGAAGGAUGAGAAGAUUACCAAGUUUGAAGAGCAUAAAUCUCUCAACCCCCACACUUUACCUCUCACCAAUUGAGCUAUCAACAAAAAUGGAGACAAAAUUAUCACUGGGAGCUAUGACAGAACAUGUAAAGUUUGGGAUGCUAUUACGGGAGAACAACUUCAGACUUUUUCAGGCCAUAAAAAUGUAGUAUAUGUUUUAGCUUUUGGUGGAAAGGAUGGGCACACAAUCGCUACAGGCUCAUUUGAUAGAACAGUAAAGCUUUGGGAUAGUAAUACUGGAGAGUUACUACACACUCUUAAAGGACACACAGCAGAAAUCGUUUGUCUUGAGUUUAGUUCUGAUGGAAAUCUAUUAGCUACUGGAGCAAUGGAUAACAUGACAAAGAUUUGGGAUGUAGAAUCCGGCCAUGAAGUUUGAUCAUUUAAUGAGCAUUCGGCUGAAGUAGUCAGUGUGAAUUUUAAUACAAAUGGAGAUAAACUUUUGACAGGAUCAUUUGAUAACACCGCUAAAAUUUGGGAUAUCAACACUCAAGAAAUAAUUCAUACCCUAUCUGGUCAUAAUAAUGAAAUCUCAUGCGCAAAAUUCGAUUAUGCAGGAGAGUAUUGCUUGACUGGGUCGAUUGACCACACUUGCAAACUUUGGAACGUUGAAACUGGAGAUUGUAUUCAAACAUUCAGCGACCAUGAAGAUGAUAUAUUAGAUGCUUGCUUUAAUCUUGUUGGAAGCAAAAUUGCCACCUCUUCAGGUGAUAGAACAACCAGAAUUUACAAUGUAUUAACUGGGGAAUGCCUCCAUGUUCUUGAAGACCAUACUAGCGAAGUCUCAAAUAUCCGUUUUAAUCCUCAAGGAACCAUUUUAGCGACUGCACGUGCAGACAGCACAUGCAAAUUGUGGUCUGUUGAAUCAGGUGAACUUCUUCAGACUCUAGACGGCCAUGAAGACGAAAUCUUCUCUUGUCAUUUCAAUGAUAACGGCGACACCAUCAUCACCGGAGGAAAAGACAACAUCUGCAAAAUCUGGAAAGCCGAAACUCUUACCUAAAGCAAAAGCUACCAUAUAAACUCAUCAACCCAAUACUCAAAUCCU